AUGUGGUUCAAGCACAAGCGCAACUCCGCCGAUGUUUCAACACUGGGAGGGCCUUCGGGACCCGGAGGACGCAGCCAGUUGCCGAUGCUGCAGUUCCCAGAUAAGAUGCGGUACAAUCUGCUGUGCGUGAUGGGCGAGUUCGUGGGCACGUUCAUGUUCCUCUUCUUCUCGUUCGCCGGUACACAGGUGUCGAAUACCCCGAUGCCUGCACCGGGCUCGCCACCCAACACCUCGAACCUGUUGUAUUCGGCUCUGUCGUUUGGGUUCUCGUUGACAGUCAACGUCUGGGCGUUCUUCCGGGUGACUGGGGGGCUGUUUAACCCUGCGGUCACCCUGUCGCUGUGUCUCACCGGCGGCAUGCCUGUCCUCCGUGGCUUGCUGGUUUUCCCUGCGCAGCUGGUGGCAGGCAUCGCGGCGGCCGGCGUGGUGAGCGCCCUGUUUCCCGGUCCGCUAAACUGUAGUACUCGGUUGGGCGGCGGCACAUCUAUCUCACAGGGUCUGUUUAUCGAGAUGUUCCUCACUGCGCAGCUGGUAUUUGUGAUUAUCAUGCUGGCGGUGGUCAAGCACAAGUCGACGUAUCUGGCACCGGUUGGUAUUGGACUGGCCUUUUUUGUGGCGGAAAUGAUUGGCGAUUACUUCACCGGCGGCUCCCUCAAUCCCGCUCGAUCAUUGGGCCCCGACGUGAUCAACCGCCAGUUCCCCGGGUAUCAUUGGAUCUACUGGGUUGGUCCGCUGCUCGGCUCUCUUCUCGCGUCUGGCUUCUACCAUUUGCUGUGUCUCGUUCGCUGGGAGAAUAUCAAUCCGGGCCAGGACUUCAAUGAAUGGGAGGCUCGUGCCCGGAAGGAAUCGAUGACCCAUUCGGAUCACACUAUGGUUGACCCGCUGCAUCACCCCAACGCUGAGCCGAGAGAGCUGUCUCCUGACGAGCAGGUCUAG